AUGCUCGGCUACACAUUUCAGCCACCCUCUCUCCGCUUCCCUCUCCCCAUCCUCACUCCACUACCGUUCUCCCCUUUCCAAUCUCCCCUUCCCCUCUCCUCCAACAUCCGUCCCCGCAUCCUCAACCCCAUCCGUUCCCCCAAACCCCCCACUCCCCCCCCUCGUCCCUGCUCUCCCCCCUCCCAGUUCCCCUGCCCAGGCUCAGGCUGCAUGGCAGCAGGCGGGAUGCUGUGUGACUUUCACCCUGACUGCACAGACCAUUCAGAUGAGGACCUAACUUACUGCGUCCAGAGGGGCUUCUGCCUGCAAUGCGCUUCCUCCCCUUCCUCCUGCACCCCUGGUGCUCUUUGCAACGGCGUGAAUGAGUGCCCACGCACGAAGGACUAUACCGGGUUGCCUUAUACCGAGGACGAGGAUCCAGAGAUCUGCCUGACGUUUGAGUGCUGGGAAGGGGCGGAGAUUAAGUGCGAGGGCAGCUGGGCGUGGUCGUAUGCAUGCAUAGACGCGGCCAAGAUGUGUGAUGGGAGGAACGAUUGCCCUGUUGUGAAUGGAAACGGAGGGGCUGCUGUUGGGGGAGGCACAGGAGCGACAGGAUCCGCUGCUUCCUCUCUGUUUUCUCCUGACGAGGACCCAAAGCAAAACCAGCAGCAGCAGCAGCAGCAGCAGCAGCAGCAGCAGCAGCAGCAGCAGCAGCAGCAGCAGCAGCAGCAGCAGCAGCAGCAGCAGCAGCAGCAGCAGCAGCAGCAGCAGCAGCAGCAGCAGCAGCAGCAGCAGCAGCAGCAGCAGCAGCAGCAGUGA